AACGGCCCCGCGCGAGCCCGGGGCGAGCCCGGGGAACGGUGAGGGGAGAGGGGGAAUCGGCUGGGAACGGUGAAAGACAGCGGGGAUCGGCCAGGAACGGUGAAAAGACAGCGGGGAUCGGCCGGGAACGUCACCUGUUCAGCACAAUGGCCUCGCUGAGUGUAAAGCCAGGCCAGCGCUUCACCUUGCCGGACUGGCAGAACAACUCCCUCCUCAUCUCGGCCGAUGCCGAACAGCAGCGUUUUAAUUCCCAUCAUGUCCGGCAGGAAGGACGAGCCCUCCGCAAUGAAACCGGCAACCAGGCAAAAUGGGAUGAGCACAACAGCCGAACCCACCUCAAAGAUCGUAUCACCAACGUGGACAAAUGGAGAGAGGCCCUGGCCAAAUGCCUCGCAGAGAUAGACUUGGAAAUUGAUGCCUUAACCAAAGUGAAGGAAGCAGCAGAAAAUGCCAUCCAGGCAAAGAACUUGUGUUUGGAUGUUGCCAUUGAGUGCCUGACCUUCCGUGAGAGCCGUCGUGACAUCGAUGUGGUGAGGGAUCCUGUGGAAGAGGAGCUACAUAGAGAGGUGAAGGUGAUUGAGAAAACCAAGAAAGAGCUGCAGAAGCGAGUGGACGACGCCUUCAGACAGCUCUGCCUCUUAAAGGAAGCUCGUCAGCAGCUGAGCUGUGACCACCGGCACAAGGUGGAAGCGUUGGAGCUUGAUCGGCAGUGCGUGUCCUUCAAUCCCACCUCUGGCAACAUCUCCUUCAAGGUCAACCCCACACGAAUCCCAGAUGGAACAACUGCACUUAGUGAGUGGGAGCUGAACAGCCGGUACAACAAGGAGCAUGCUGAGGCAGAAAUGAAGGCCUCAGUUGAUCUCCGAGGAGCAAUCACACUUACCAUUGCCCAGACAAACAAUGAGCUGGAUGCUCAGCGUAUAGCUACAGAGUUUGCGCUGAGGAAGAGGAUGAGAGACAUGGAAGCAGCCCUUAGUGAGCUGAAAUGGCAGGAGAAGAAUACCUUGGAGGAAAUCGCUGAAAUGGAGGAGGAGAUCCGGCAGCUGGAGGAAGAUAUCCGGAAGAGAACUCUGGAUCUGAAGGUGGCUCACACCCGCCUGGAGACGCGCACGUACCGGCCCCACAUCGAGCUCUGCCGCGAUCAGGCUCAGUACGGACUGACAGACGAGGUGCAGCAGCUGGAGGGGAUAAUCCGUGCGCUCCAGCAGAAGCGGACACAGUCACAGGAUGCCUUGGACGCUCUUUACAGACAACUUCACCGCAUUCAGACAGAUAUUGGCUACAAAAACAAUUCUCUGCAGCUGGACAACAAGUGCAUGGACACCCGCAGAAAACUCGUGGUCCCCGUGGAGAAGUUUGACCCAGAGGUCGACGCCGUCAGCCGCACCAGGAACCUGCCGAGGAACAGUCAGCUGGAGCUGGCUUAGCGCCGGGAAUUGUGCAAGCGCGGGGGGGAUGAAAAACUCCCGGUGAUUCAGUUCCGUAGCGAGCAAAAGCGGCAUCUGCGUCGCGUUUGGGGAGAAUGGAAUUCUUCUAGUUUGUUUUAUAACUGUCUGGCCCUUGGAUGAUGUUUACAGCCUCCCGCGCUCCGAGGAGAUUUAUAAACAAUAAAGGGCCUGUCCCCAGUUGUCA